AUGCAUCUGAAUCCGUUGGUGCGAGGUUUGCAGAGUGCAGCGAGUACGUGGCCGCUGUGGACAGGCAUGGUGCUCCCAAGCACCAGGAUGUGGUUUCCCCCGACAAGGAAGGGCUGUCGACCCUCGCUCCUCGGUUCCCAAAUAGCUGGAACCAGGAGAGUUUUGUGGCUCGCGUCAUCGCGCCCUCUCCCGAAACUCCACUGUCCGAGCCAGCAGCAACCUGGUCAGCUAGGCCAGGCUCUUCUCUGUGUUACCUAG